GUGCACCUUAUUGCGCAUGUGCAGUAAAGAUAAUUAGCCAUAUUUUUUCUUUGAUAGCGCAAACUUCGUCUGAAAGAAUAGUAAAAUUAGACCUUUAUUUAAGCUUGAAAUAUGCCGGAUUAUCUUGGAAAAGACCAACGAAAGAUCCGGGAGGAUGAAACCAAAGAGGAUAAACCGAUUCAAUCUUUGGAUGAAGGAGACAUAGCCCUUCUUAAGACAUAUGGUGCAGGUGUUUAUAGCAAGUCAAUAAAAAAGGUUGAGGAAGACAUACAAUCUACAUUGAAAAAAGUCAACGAAUUAAUAGGUAUAAAAGAGUCUGACACAGGACUUGCCCCUCCUGCCUUGUGGGAUUUAGCAGCUGAUAAACAGACAUUGCAUGGAGAACAGCCUCUACAGGUUGCAAGAUGUACUAAAAUUAUUAACGCAGACUCAGAAGAUGCCAAGUACAUCAUUAAUGUCAAGCAGUUUGCUAAGUUUGUUGUUGACCUUGGUGACCAGGUGGCUCCUACUGAUAUAGAGGAGGGCAUGAGGGUUGGUGUUGACCGUAACAAGUACCAAAUCCACAUUCCCCUUCCACCUAAGAUUGACCCGACUGUCACAAUGAUGCAGGUUGAGGAGAAGCCAGAUGUUACAUACUCUGAUAUUGGGGGAUGUAAGGAACAGAUAGAUAAGCUUAGGGAAGUUGUGGAGACUCCAUUGUUGCAUCCUGAGCGGUUUGUCAAUCUUGGUAUUGAGCCGCCUAAAGGAGUCCUCCUGUUUGGCCCCCCUGGCACUGGUAAAACAUUGUGUGCCAGAGCUGUGGCAAACAGAACAGAUGCAUGCUUCAUCCGUGUCAUUGGCUCAGAGCUUGUACAAAAAUAUGUAGGCGAGGGAGCAAGAAUGGUCAGGGAACUAUUUGAGAUGGCACGGACAAAAAAGGCCUGCAUUGUAUUUUUUGAUGAGAUUGAUGCUAUUGGAGGUGCAAGGUUUGACGAUGGUGCAGGGGGUGAUAACGAGGUUCAGCGUACUAUGCUUGAGCUCAUCAACCAGCUUGAUGGAUUUGAUCCUCGUGGUAACAUCAAAGUCCUUAUGGCCACAAACAGACCGGAUACCCUAGAUCCUGCUCUAAUGAGGCCUGGUCGACUUGAUCGUAAAGUAGAGUUUGGUCUCCCUGACCUAGAGGGAAGAGCUCACAUCUUUAAAAUCCAUGCUCGUUCCAUGAGUGUUGAGCGAGAUAUCCGUUAUGAGUUGUUGGCAAGAUUAUGCCCUAACAGCACAGGUGCUGAGAUCCGCAGUGUGUGUACGGAAGCAGGGAUGUUUGCCAUUCGUGCCCGAAGAAAGGUUGCAACAGAGAAGGAUUUCCUAGAGGCUGUGAACAAGGUUAUAAAGGCUUAUGCCAAGUUCAGCGCUACUCCUCGCUACAUGACCUACAACUAGGCUAUCAACAUUUGCCACCAAUAGCAUCAUCGUCAUCAUCACCAUCACGGAAACCAUUUGCCACCAAUAGCAUCAUCGUCAUCAUCACCACCACGGAAACCAUUUGCCAUUAUCUUGUAUUUGGCUACCUUGUUUGCAGACAUUUGUCUUAAUGAGCAGCAAUGAGUUGUCUGUAUUAGGGACUGUUGAUUAACUGCUGUCACUGUCUAUAUCUAUUGUAGUGUGCCCGGUUGAGAAUAAAUUGUAUAUAUACUG